AUGUCCACAAACCCCAAAGACACAGAGAGAUUUGCCCUACGAACACUUCUUCUCCACGUUCCUGGUGCCAAGUCCUAUGAAGAUUUACGAACAGUCAAUGAUGUCUUAGCUCCACCCUUCCAUGCCGCCUGCAAACUACGCAACUUGCUUACCGACGAUACCCAAUGGGAGCACACACUCGCAGAGGCAGUCACAUUCCAGAUGCCACACCAACUACGCCUACUCUUUGCUGUAAUCUGCUCGCACUGCGAUCCUCUCGACCCACAACAACUAUGGCAUCAAUUCAAAGACAGCAUGAUGGAAGAUUAUGCCCGCAGCCACAACCACCACACCGCAGAGAAUAUGGCACUACUACACAUCAACAACAUCUUGGCACAAUCUGGUCUCUCCUGCUCACAUUUCAACCUGCCAACGCCGCUUCCAACAGACGACUUGCCAGAGUACAACCAACCAGAAAUAAAUGACAUAAGCCUUCCCUACGAGCUCCUCAAUAAUGACCAAAGAUUGAUAGUCGACACGAUCAUAACAGCCUCCAUCAACACAUCCGAUCCCAACUCGCAAAUUCAGCCUCACGUCUACUACCUUGACGGACCAGGUGGAACUGGGAAGACAACAGUCUAUAACACGAUCAUUUCAAUGCUCUCCAUCAGAAACAUCAAAGUACAUGCUACUGCAUGGACAGGAAUCGCUGCCACACUCCUCAGGAAUGGAUGCACAGUCCAUAGCCUAUUCAAACUGCCAGUUCCGAUCUUGGAUACAAGCACCUGCAACGUCACCCCAAAGUCUGCACAAGCAAAACACCUGCGUGCCAUUACCCUUUUCAUUAUUGAUGAAGUGUCCAUGCUGCCUCUCCAUGCGCUCCAUGCCAUCGAUACCUGCUUGAGGGAUAUCACCGGCAACAACAACACCCUCUUCGGUGGCAAAAUCAUUUUACUUGGAGGAGAUUUUAGACAGGUCCUACCAUUUACUCCCAGGGCAUCCCGUACAAAAACCAUUGAGAACUGCAUAAAAAACUCCCCGCUAUGGCCUCAAAUCCUACGCUUCCACCUCACCAAGAACAUGCGUGCCGAUGCUGCAGCACAGGACUUCUCAACGUGGCUUCUAACCGUCGGCAACGGUACCCUCCAGAGCAACCUCACUGACAUACCAUACUCGAUUGACAUCCCAUCACAGUGCAAGUUAUCCGUUGAUAUAGUCAACGACGUCUUCCAGGACAUGACUAGCCCAGUCAUUCAGGACACUGUCUUACUGACACCAAAAAACGAAGAUGCUCUCAAGCUCAACAAACUCAUUCUGGACAAAAUACCAACGACUGCACAAACCUACAUCAGCAGUGACUCGGCUAUUUGCGAAGACCCAACUGAACAAACACACUAUCCCAUGGAAUUCCUGAACUCCCUCACCCCAACAGGCAUGCCACCACAUAUACUGAAACUAAAAGUUGGCGCAAUAAUUAUGCUACUCCGCAAUCUGGAUAUAAAAGGAGGCCUGUGCAAUGGCACAAGACUGAAAGUUGUAGCACUCUAUCCACGCACAAUACAUGCAGAUAUCAUAACCGGCACCCACGUCAACAAACGUGUCUUCAUUCCGCGCAUCAAACUCGCACCAUCCGAUGCAAACCUGCCCUUCACACAACAGCGCCACCAGUUCCCGAUUAGACUAGCAUACGCUAUCACCAUCAAUAAGGCCCAAGGCCAAACAUUCCACACCAAAGGGAUCUACCUUCCAAAGCCAGUCUUCUCCCAUGGACAAUUAUAUGUUGCGCUCUCACGGACAAAAUCACUCAGCAGUAUCACAGUGCAAAUUAAUCCAUCAACUCGUCAGAGCCAAUCCCACACUCAGAAUAUAGUCUAUAAGGAAAUCCUCUGA